ACCCAUGUUGAAACUUCUUCUUAUGGUUCUCGAGUGAGUAUCAAUAUUCUGGAAUCCAAGGCGACCAAGCCAAUAUUAAACACUGUGUGGAGAUUUUAAUUGGGUAUUUACUGCAGAAUCUCAGUGUUCAAGGUGGAACUUAGUUCAAGCUGAAGAAUCAACAAGUUCUUUCUUUACAGGCAAUUGUAGACCUCUGUAGACAUGGAAGUCUUGUUGAUUAAUAGGCGUACCCAUGUAUGCAAGACAAGGGCACUACUUGCUUUGAUCUUGCUCAUGUGGGUGCCCAUGGAAGUGAUGGCUAGGACUGAAAAUGCCACCCAUUUGUCUACAAGGCCAAGUUCUCUGAAUAUUGGAGCUCUGUUUACAUUGAAUUCAGUUAUUGGAAGGGCCGCCAAACCAGCAAUUUAUGCAGCAAUUGAUGAUGUUAAUUCUGAUCCGAGCAUUCUUCCCGGGACAAAAUUGAACGUUAUUCUCCAUGAUACAAAAUGCAGUGGAUUUCUUGGAACUGUUGAAGCGUUCCAGCUGAUUGAAAAUGAUGUGGUUGCUGCAAUUGGCCCGCAAUCCUCUGGAAUAGCUCAUGUCAUAUCCCAUGUUGUGAAUGAGCUCCAUGUACCGCUUCUGUCAUUUGCUGCAACAGACCCCUCCCUUGCUGCUCUGCAGUACCCGUAUUUUGUUCGCACCACACAGAGUGACCAUUUCCAAAUGUUUGCAGUUGCUGAUGUAGUUGAGUAUUUUGGAUGGAGAGAAGUAAUUGCAAUCUUUGUGGAUGAUGAUUGCGGCAGAAAUGGGAUUUCUAUACUGGGUGAUGCCUUAGCGAAGAAGCGUUCCAAGAUCUCACACAAGGCUGCCUUCUCUCCUGGAGCCUCCAACAACACAAUCAAUGAGUUGUUGGUGGGAUUAAACCGCAUGGAAUCUCGGGUUUAUGUUGUGCAUGUCAAUCCUGAUUCUGGUUUGACAAUUUUUUCUGUUGCCAAGUCUCUUGGAAUGAUGACCGCUGGCUAUGUUUGGAUUGCAACAGAUUGGCUUCCUUCUCAUCUAGAUUCAUUAGAAUCACCUGGGCUUGAUACAAUGAAUCUUGUACAAGGGGUUGUUGCUCUUCGUCAUCAUACCCCAGAUACAGAUCUCAAAAAGAGUUUUAUGUCGAGAUGGAAUAAACUAAAACACGAAGGGAGUUCGGGCUUCAAUUCUUACGCGCUCUAUGCAUAUGACUCUAUUUGGUUAGCAGCUCGUGCUCUUGAAGUUUUUUUCAACGAAGGUGGGAAGAUAUCUUUCUCUGAUGACCCAAAGUUGAAAGACACAAAUAGAAGCUCAUUGCACUUAACAUCACUCCGUAUAUUUGAUGGAGGCCAACAAUAUCUACAGACAAUUCUUAAGAUGAACUUCACAGGUGUAAGUGGUCAGAUUCAGUUUGAUCAGGAUAAAUAUUUAGUUCAUCCAGCAUAUGAAAUUCUGAAUAUUGGCGGAACUGGGUCCCGUAGGAUUGGUUAUUGGUCAAAUUCUACUGGUCUCUCAGUAAUUGCUCCAGAGAUCUUAUAUAAAAAGCCAUUCAGUACUAAUACCACCGCUCAACUUUAUAGCGUUAUAUGGCCUGGUGAAACUACAGCUAUACCUCGGGGAUGGGUAUUUCCCAACAAUGGGAAUCCUCUCAGAAUUGGCGUGCCAUACCGAGUAAGUUUCCAAGAUUUUGUGGCUAAGGACAAGAGCCCUCCAGGGGUUAGAGGAUACUGUAUUGAUGUCUUUGAAGCUGCUGUAAACUUGUUGCCUUAUGCCGUGCCACGCAAUUACGUGUUGUAUGGAAAUGGAAAGAGGAAUCCUGAGUACAGCAAUCUUGUAUUUGAGGUUGCGCAAAGUAACUUUGAUGCAGCUGUUGGGGAUGUUACGAUUACUACUAAUAGUACAAGAAUAGUUGAUUUUACACAGCCUUACAUGGAAUCGGGGCUUGUUGUAGUUGUUCCCGUCAAAGAGCAAAAAACAAGCCCUUGGGCUUUCCUGAAGCCAUUUACUUAUCAGAUGUGGUUAGUCACUGGUGCCUUCUUCCUGUUUGUGGGAGCUGUUGUUUGGAUUCUUGAGCACCGGAUGAAUCAAGAAUUCCGUGGUCCACCGAGGAAGCAACUCAUGACUAUUUUUUGGUUUAGUUUCUCAACACUGUUUUUCUCACACAGAGAGAACACUGUGAGCACCCUGGGACGGCUGGUGCUGAUUAUAUGGUUGUUUGUGGUCUUAAUUAUCAAUUCGAGCUACACAGCUAGUUUGACAUCAAUCCUCACGGUGCAGCAGUUGACAUCACAAAUCGAAGGGAUUGACAGCUUGAUAGCAAGUAACGAUCCAAUUGGAGUUCAAGAUGGGUCAUUUACAUGGAAGUAUUUGGUUGAUGAGCUCAACAUUGCGGAAUCUAGACUCAUCAAGUUAAAAACCAUGGAAAACUACUUAGAAGCCCUUCAGUAUGGACCGAAACGUGGUGGGGUAGCUGCCAUUGUUGAUGAGCUUCCUUACAUUGAGCUGUUUAUGUCCAGCACCAAAUGUAAAUUCAGGACAGUGGGGCAGGAGUUUAAAGAAAGCGGAUGGGGAUUUGCAUUUCAAAGGGAUUCUCCUCUUGCUGUUGACUU